UUUAUUCUGUAUCUUUGUUGCUUUGACGCAUCGUGGGACGCUUUAUUUUAUUCGUCCUUUGCAAAUUAUUUUUCGUACUUAUUGACUCAUAAUGUCGGGCAUAGCCAGUGCACGGUUAGCUGAAGAGAGAAAAGCUUGGCGCAAGGACCAUCCCUUUGGGUUUGUAGCGAGGCCUAUGAAAAAUCCCGAUGGGUCUUUAAAUCUCAUGACUUGGGAAUGUGCGAUCCCCGGAAAAAAAGGGACACCUUGGGAAGGAGGUUUAUACAAAUUACGAAUGAUCUUUAAAGAUGAUUAUCCAUCUACUCCUCCAAAGUGCAAAUUUGAACCUCCUCUGUUUCACCCAAAUGUGUACCCUUCAGGCACAGUGUGUCUCUCAUUACUUGACGAAGAGAAAGAUUGGCGUCCUGCUAUCACAAUUAAACAAAUAUUGCUUGGCAUUCAAGAUCUGUUAAAUGAACCUAAUGUAAAAGAUCCUGCACAAGCAGAGGCAUAUACAAUCUAUUGUCAAAAUAGACUAGAAUACGACAAACGUGUGCGAGCGCAGGCGCGCGCUAUGGCUGCCACAGAAUAAAGAAGUCUUCGUAAACUUAGGGACUACGGUUACUAAACAAACACUCUACAAGAGGUUUGAGAGGGGUUGAAUAACAACACCAAGAUACUGGUUUAUAUAAAGACUUCAGUCUAUAUUCUGCCUAUGGUUUUAAGUUAGGUUUAAGGUUCAUUAUUUAAAUUAAUAAUUGGUUUUAUGGAAUGUCAACCUGAACCAAAACUCUCAGUGUAGAAAUCAUUUCAUAGAAUAUAGAUAUAGUUUUCUUAAACCCUCUUUUAAUGUAACCGUAGGUAUAAAUUAGGUGAGUCUGUUCAAAUAUUUAUUGAAGCAGGGAAUAUCAAAAGACUUCAGUAAAUAUUUUGACAUGUUAACCUUAAAAAAUUAAAAAAAUUCCAAUUGUAAGGAUCUUGUUUAAUUUGUAAGUACUACUUGAUGUUCACAAAACAAGUAUUGACCAGACAUAGGCUUGAUAAAUAUUUACAGUUUGCAUUUGUGAUUAAAAGAUAUUUGAUUAAAAUCAAUAAGUUUAAGAAACUUGUAUUUGGAGAUUCAUUGAACUUUAUUAAUGCAACAACGCUGGUAGUUAUUUUAAAAUUGUUAACAGUUUUGGCAAUAAUUUUAACAUUAAAAUAAACAUUAAGAAUCUGCAACAUUAUCUUAAUACUAUUUUUGUAUUUUAUGUUAGUAUCAAUCAAUAAAUUUUAAAAGAUA